ACUUGUCUUAUUCCUUCUAUCAUUAUUAUCCUUCUUUUAUAAAACUAAAAACACACAUACACAAACACUCUCUCCUAGAAUCUCAGCCAUGCAGCUGCUCAAUAACAGUACUUGUAGCAGCUGCAGUGAUUAGAUCAACUUACAUAUUUACCGUUAAAUAUAAAUAUUUUUUGGUGUUAUAGCCUUUAACUAACCAUGAUUUCUUGGCACGAUCUUUACACGGUCUUAACCGCGGUUUUUCCUCUUUACGUGGCCAUGAUUUUGGCCUACGGCUCGGUCCGGUGGUGGAAGAUUUUCACCCCGGACCAGUGCUCCGGCAUUAACCGUUUCGUCGCGAUUUUUGCAGUCCCUCUCCUGUCCUUCCACUUCAUCUCCACCAACAAUCCUUACGAAAUGAACUUCCGUUUCAUCGCAGCCGACACGCUACAAAAAAUUAUAAUGCUUGUUGUCCUAGGCCUCUGGGCUAAAUUUAGCAAAAAAGGAAACCUGGACUGGAUGAUCACGAUUUUCUCUCUUUCGACGCUUCCUAAUACCCUCGUCAUGGGAAUUCCUCUGUUAAUUGCUAUGUAUGGUGACUACUCCGGAAGUUUAAUGGUUCAAGUUGUGGUUUUGCAAUGUAUUAUUUGGUACACACUGCUACUGUUUUUGUUCGAAUAUCGUGGCGCUAAGAUGCUGAUCAUGGAACAGUUCCCCGAAACGGCUGCUUCAAUCGUCUCAUUCAAAGUUGAUUCGGAUGUGGUUUCGUUAGACGGGCAUGAUUUUUUGGAGACGGAUGCGGAGAUUGGAAAUGAUGGGAAGCUGCAUGUUACGGUGAGAAAAUCUAAUGCUUCGAGAAGAUGUUUAGGUUCAGGGUUAGGUUCAGGUUCGAUGUCUGGGAUGACUCCGAGGCCUUCGAAUCUCACGGGAGCGGAGAUUUAUAGCCUGAGCUCGAGUCCUAGAGGUUCGAAUUUUAACCACAAUGAUUUUUACUCGAUGAUGGGGUUUCCGGGUGGUAGGCUUUCGAAUUUCGGCCCGGGUGAUCAAGUGUAUUCGGUGCAAUCUUCCAGAGGUCCAACUCCGAGACCAUCGAAUGUUGAGGAAAUCAAGCUCGCUAGUACUGAUCACUCACAAAAUUGGGAAUCAAAAGCUGCUCUAGAAAACGAGGGGUUUGUUAGUGAUACUACGAGCUUCACGGGUGCUGGUAGAGGCGACGACGAGGAGACAGAAAAGGGGCACAUGGGAGUAUCAAGAUUGGGGUCGAGCUCUAGUUCUGCACAUCAUCUUAAAGUCCCUAUGGAUCAUGGUAUUGGCACCGGAAAAAUAAUGCCUCCAACAAGCGUUAUGACCCGUUUGAUAUUGAUUAUGGUGUGGCGUAAGCUUAUUCGAAACCCCAAUACUUACUCCAGCCUCAUUGGUCUAGUUUGGGCUCUCGUCUCCUACCGGUGGGAUAUUACAAUGCCGAAAAUAGUGGAUGAGUCCAUCUCGAUAUUAUCUGAUGCUGGUCUUGGAAUGGCUAUGUUUAGCUUAGGGUUGUUCAUGGCUCUUCAGCCCAAGAUAAUUGCUUGCGGUAACUCAGUCGCGACUUUUGCUAUGGCUGUGAGAUUUCUCACCGGCCCUGCAGUGAUGGCAGCAGCUUCCGUCGCUGUUGGCCUUCGCGGUACCCUGCUUCGUGUUGCAAUUGUGCAGGCUGCACUUCCACAAGGGAUUGUUCCAUUCGUGUUUGCGAAAGAAUACAAUGUAUAUCCAGCCAUACUUAGCACCGCGGUUAUCUUUGGAAUGUUAAUAGCGUUACCCAUCACUCUUGUGUACUACAUUAUCCUUGGGUUGUGAUGAGAUAAGCUACUUAUUUUCGAGGCAGAAACCAUGAAUGCGAGAUCUCGGAAAGACAAAAUUUUGAUCAAAAAUUUGGAACAGAGCAAUGAUUUUGGCUGCCGGUGCCUGAUGAUCUUGAGAUAGAGAAAGUGAUACUAUGAAGAAAUGGAGGCUUUAUGGCAUUUUUGGGUCCUGGUAGUCUUAGGCUCUUAGUUUAACUUGGUUAAGACUGAAGACCCUGAUAUAUGAGGAUCAUUUUGUGAUAUGAAAUAUAAAAAAGUAGAUGUUAAGAGUUGAAAAAAGUUUAUGAGAGCAUGUAAAUUGUAAAUCUCGCUGGUGUAAAGAUAGGGUAAAUUUCUGAUUUUUUUCGCUCCUGAGAAAAUAAUUGAGACAAGAUUCAAGAUCUC